AUGUCCUCGGAGUGUACCGCCAUAGUUCAACCAGCAUUUGAAAACAAACAAUUCAAAAGUUUUACUAGCAGUAGUUGUAGUACUGAGAGUAUUAGUGCUUCAGAGUAUGCAACUACAAUAGCCAUGAAACAACAUUCAGAAAAUGAUAUUGGCUCGCAACAACAUCCCCAAUAUAUUGAAACGUUGUUUGAUUUAAUAGACGAGGAAGAAAGCAACUCGGAUGUAGACAACAUGAGCCAUAUUGAUUUUUCAAAAUCUACGGCGAUGGAUUUCGAGAGCACCUCGUCAGAUGAGGACACUUCUCGGAGCAGUUGUAGCUUUUACAAUGAGGAAGACUCAAAAACACAACAAGAAAAAUACGGAGAGCCAUCAUCAUCCUCUCUCGCUUCCGAUUUACCGAGUGCCACCGACAUGCUCCAAAACUCUGCAAAAAGUAUUCUGGCUCCUGCCUCCAAGCUCUUGGGUCAUUCUCAAGGACUUAUUCGUUCAGUUUUUCCAAGUUUAAGUCCGAGCAGCAAUAGCUCUUGGAGCAAUAUUUCACCUGCAACAUCCCCCUCUUCUAACCUUUUCAAACAUUUCCAUUCAUCAUUGCUUGGAAUGGCUUCUCCCCAAUACAUUUCCUACAAGAAUUUAAAUACCACCAGUGUUUCUUCUCCUAGGUUAUCCACGACAAGUAUACCACAAUAUUUGUGUAGAAAACAAUGGUUACAACAAAAACCAUCUAGUACUUCCCAAACUUCUCCUUCCGAUUCUCCAUUUGUAAAUGAACCACGAAAACAAGCAUGUGGAUUUGGAGUUGGCAAGAAAUAUGCUCCUCCACGAUCUUUGGAUGAUUCCGACUAUACAGAACAAUGUGGUGAAGAUGCUUUCUUUACUUUUGAAAAUGAAUCUUUUACCAUCAUUGGUGUUGCUGAUGGUGUGGGAGGAUGGAUUGACCAAGGUGUCGACCCAUCACACAUUAGCAAUCAGCUCAUGCUCAACUGUAAAUUAAUUUGUGAGAGAGAAAUCAACAAUCCAAGUUUUUUGUCCAACCCAAACAAAAUCAUGCAAGCAGCAUAUGAAAUGAUUGUCAAUGAAAAACAAGUUCAAGCAGGCAGUACAACAUGUUGUGUGGCAUCUUUUGACAAGAAGAACAACAUUUUGAGAACGUCGAAUUUAGGAGAUUCGACGUGUGCAGUGUUCAGAAACGGUGCUUGUAUCUUUGUUACACAAGAGAGACAGCACUAUUUCAAUUGUCCUUUCCAAUUAGGAGUUGUGCCUGCAGAAAUUAGUACUGCUUAUCAUGACUUGCCAGAACAUGCUGUAAAUGAAGAAAUUGUUCUUCAACCUGAAGAUGUAAUUGUUAUGGCAACCGAUGGAGUUUGGGAUAACUUGUUCCCUGAAGACAUUGGCACUGUGAUCAUUGACCUACAAGAUAACGUGUUUGCUGAUGCAUCUCAGGGCUCAAACGCUUCAACCCCACUCCAAUCGCAUGAACUGGCAAAACGCAUUACCCUCCAUGCAAGAACUGUUUCUCUUGACAGAAAUGCAAGAACGCCAUUUGCUGUGGGCAGUGGUUUCAGAUUCAUUGGUGGAAAAUUUGAUGACAUUACCACCGUUUGUUUCAUUGCCUAA